AUGGUGUUCUUCCUCAGACGUGAUACCACUUCCCGUGCACCCAUUGGCUUAGCGUGGCAGCUGACGAUAGCUUCCGACAAAAUGAUGUUUAAAAUUACAGAAGACGAGGUGUUUCUGACCGAUGAGGACUUCAAAAACGGCGAACGUUUGGCAAAUUCAUCAGCGGGCAAUUCAGCAGGAAUGCUCUCUCGCCAGUCAUUUCUUCAUGGAGACAUCAGAGGAAAGGCCGCAUGGAAACUGAAGACUCGGCGAAAAGGCGCUCGGCGUAAUGGAGUGAUAAGUGGUAUCAAAAAAUGGCCAAAUGGACGAAUUCCAUAUGUGAUCAGUGGACAGUAUAAUGAGAGGGAACGUGCUGUCUUGGCCAGGAGCUUCCAGGAAUAUCAUAAGCGAACAUGUGUCAGAUUCGUAGCUCGCACGCCACUCGACCGGGACUACCUCUACAUUGGAAAAAUUGAUGGAUGCUUUUCUGAUGUCGGACGUGCCGGUGGACGACAAGAGUUAUCACUUGACGACGGUUGCAUGCAGUAUGACACUGCGAUUCACGAAUUGAUGCACUCCGUAGGAUUCUACCAUGAGCAUGAACGAUGGGAUCGCGACAAUCACAUAACCAUCCUCUGGCAGAAUAUUGACAAAGAGGCGUAUGAUCAGUUCGGCAAAGUUGAUCUAACUGAAAGCUCUUAUUACGGGCAAAUGUAUGACUAUUACUCGAUUAUGCAUUACGACAGUUUGGCGUUUUCAAAGAAUGGAUUCGAGACUAUGGUGGCGAAACGUCCAGAAAUGACAGCAGUGAUCGGAUCAGCAAUCGACUUCAGUCCGAUCGACGUCCUCAAAAUGAACUUAAUGUAUGAUUGUGGGCGGCGACCUGAUAUUGAGCCACAGCCACUUCCACCACAGCCACCACCGUUUUCACUUACUGUUUUUGCAGACUGUCACGACAAAACGAGCUUGUGCUGGCGUUGGCUAGACCGUUGCAAAUCGUUCUUCUUCGAGAAGAUCAUGAAGGAAUUCUGUGCUUUAUCUUGUGGAUACUGUAGUCCUAUCGUGGCUGCCCUCGAGGCGAAGGCCGAAGUUCGAAAUCCACUAAAUACCUAUCUCCAACUUGGCUAA